AUGGAGAUUCACGAGAAGUGUUGGUUUUUCAUUUGUCCAGAUCCUUUUUUCACCCCGCAGUUGCAGAAUUAUUGUACUCGUCAGUCUCAGAUGGCACCAGGGCCCAACCCCGACACACCGCUUGCACCAGGGCCUGACCCCGAUCCGGAUACACCGUCCCAAGCGCCUUCGGUUGAUCCACCAGCCCCUGCGCCCAAAGACGAUCCACCAGCGCCUGCGCCUGAAGACGAUCCACCAGCGCCUUCAGUUGAUCCACCAGCCCCUGCACCAGCGCCUGCGCCCAAAGACGAUCCACCAGCCCCUGCGCCUGCGCCUAAAGACGAUCCACCAGCGCCUGCGCCAGCGCCUAAAGACGAUCCACCUGUGCCUGCUCCAUCCUGUAUUCCUCGUCGCCAUCACCAUCAUGGUGGUGGUGACCUGAGUGAAAAAUGGUUUUGCACCUAG